AUGAACACGGACCCUCGAGUCAGUGUUGAGCCCUUGAGCCCUGUCGACGUCGAAGAGGUCGCCAAAGUACCAGAGCAAGCUGUACAGGGCAUGCCACGAGUACCAGGACCCAUACUCGUUCCCACGGGUGUGCGCACGGAUACAGGUCUGAUGCCGGGGCUCACAGGUACUCGUGGGAGAGUACCUGCCAUAUUUGUCAUUUCCAGGCCGGAGCUUGCCGGAGGCCAGAUCGGUGUUGACCUCGCUGGAUCGAUCGACGCAUAUGGAUGUCCUGCAUCGCCCCUGGUACUUCGUUUGACGAGAAACAAUCCGCCUGUCAUCGAGAACGGCGGUGUUGACCCUGCCUCAAUCCCCUCCGCACCCGCCAUCUCCACCCCCAACGCGUUAACGGGCGCCCUCUCCGCGCAUCCGCCCUCUCCGCGCACCCUCUCCGCGUAUACGCGUAUCCGCCCUCUUCGCGUAUACGCGUAUCUGCGCGCCCUCCCUCUCUGCUUAUACGCAUUUCUGCGUAUCCGCGUAUCGCGCGCCCUCUCCACCCGCCCUCUCCGCGUAUACGCAUCCUCUGCGUAUCCACGCGCCGUCUCCGCGUCUCCAUCCACCUCCUCCACCUCAAUUCGUCUCCGCUCGCUUCCUUUACCACCCUUAUCGCGUCUCUGCACGCCUCCGCCCGCAACGCGCUCACGCACGCCCCCUCAAGACCCUCAGGCCCCUUUCUGGACGGAGCCCACAGAGCAGCACCCUCGAACCCCUGGGCGGGCCUUGGAUAUCACCCCCACCUGCGGACGAAUUCCGCUCGCUUUCGAAACGCCUCCCUCGGCUUUCGAUACGCUGCAUUCAGAGGCUAGUUGCAGCGGUAACUUUUUUUUGAUCUUUUUUGCCAAUAAUUGGGCCGUAUGGUCCCGUGCAAUCACGAAAGUAGACCCCACUUCGUCCAGCGAGGUCAAGACUUUGCAUCGGCUCUCGCAGAAGAAGCUCAAGCCCGAACUUUUCGUCUACUUCAAGCGUGCUUCGCCAACCAGUCCUCUCACUCCAUGUCAUCCCGGCGAGGAGGUGGAACUGAAGAAGCGCCACCACACUGCCGUCAAUGAACCUCAUAUUGGCCAGGCUACCAUAUGCUUGUGGCAAUCACUUUCGAAGCGUGAAGCACAGGCAAAGAAGCAGAGCAAGGCAAAGAAGUUGAGGGCUGAGGGUGUCGCGGAGAAGGACUUCGAGCUUGCCAUGGUUGAGAGUGACGACGAAAUGGAAGAUUGGGAGUUCUAUGGCGAGGAAGCACCGGAGGAGUCGAUGUUCGUUGCAUCGAAGGAACCAACUCCCCCCCAGCCUUUCAUUGUCCCUCCCGACGCCACUCCCAUCCACCUUCGCUAUCCCGCUUCCCCUCCAUCCAAUAUUACCGGCCGUAUUCCACUCACAACGGAGGUUCGCUACUCCGGUUAUGUCUACGCGGACCAGGAAACCAACAUUCUCAGUGUCAAUACGAGUUACGCAGCCUCCCUACCCUCUCGCGAGAAUUCUACAGUUUACGAUGAUGGGUAUUGGGGGCGUAAGGAGCCCAGUCUCUAUCCACAGCGGUUCGACCCUCAUGCUCCCUGGCUCCUCUAUAUUCCCAUCUCUCACGCCGAACUCCGUCGACCACUUCUUCGCCAGCAUCGACAUUCCCUAUGGACCGAAGGCCUGCGUAUAAACUCACCCGACCUCCCUUCCUCACUCCCUUCUCAGAAGACCCGGACAUGGCUGAUGUCUCCCCAUGAGAGCAUCAUGAAGGUACUCCACGAGAAACGCAACUCAAUGAGAGCGUCCAUCGAAAAGUUCCUCCCUAACAUCCUCAUGUGCCACAACCUCCUAAAUCGAGAUGUCUUGGACACCAAUCUCCCUCGCUUUAUCCUGGAUCGCGAAUUUCAGUUUUUCCAUCGCCUUGUCAGGGGUGUUUAUGGAUGGGAGCAGUUUGUGUUGGUGAUGCGAGCACAUGAACGUACCAUGGUCGAGAUGAACACUUUCCUCUACUGGGCACAGGAUGUCCAGUCAUAUCCCCACCCUCUCACCGACCAUCGUCAGCGCUCUCUCCGUGGGUCGAUAUUCUCGACCAAGGAUAGCGAUAUCUUUCUCGCCUUCGCCCACAUGACUGCACCGGUGUAUCUUGCCUGCUCCGAAAUCCCUCGCUCAAAUCCGCCACUCUCAAAACUAUCCUUCUCGCCAUGGCGGAAUAAGGUUGGCAUUGAGAGUCUUGCUUCUCAUGAUGAUUGGCAGAAGCUCGACAGGAUAUUCUAUCCACCCCGUCUUGCACAUGGUCUGGCCUUUGAGCGUGAGGCCCGAGGUGUCACCGUUCGCACCGAUCCGGCAGCGCCAACACCCCAGCUUGCCAAUCGUCUCCGAAAUAUUCAGCGAAUGGAGACCAAUCUUCAAGAUCGGAAGAUUCGUGCCACCAAUAGGGCAAAAAAGCCUUCGAAGGACAACACCAUCAUGCAGCUUCUCAAUCAACCGGCAGAUCACAAGGCAUUCAACUCAAGUCUUGCAUCUUUAGCGAAAAAGCCGCCGUUGCCCGAUUGGUUCCCAAAGCCUCAUCCCACUCAUGCAGAGCUCGAGAUCUAUGUCUCGAAGAAGAACUUGAAGGACAAGAAGACCUCGCAAACCUAUUGGUUCCCACCGUACGAGAUUUUCCUCACAGGCGACAAUCCGGAGACCGCUAAGACACGCUGGAAGUUUCUUCUCAUGUUCCGCCCUCAUAUCUUCGACCGCCACCUCCUCUCUCUCCAUGAUCCUGCAGUUCGCCCGCUCACCAAGAGACAGUGGCGAAACAUCUCUUCUGGAGCAGAGUUUCGGAGCAGGUGGCCCCAGGGAGAGUCCUUUCCUCCCUUCGAUCCGAGUCGCUACUGGCGUGCAGGGCUUGACGAAAUGUUUGGUACAGUGGCUACAGCACGUGCCAAGGAGGGUGUUUGCUCGUUGGAGGACUUUGAGUCCGAAAUCGCCCCAAGUCUCCUCAGCUGUGGAUGUGAUGUCAGCGCGAUUGACUGGGAGACCGAUACAGAGCUGAAGACCCUCCUCGCAAUCACUUCUGCUGAGAUGGCCCUUUUACACGAGUUUGCGCUCAUCGACCCCAUCCUGACUCAGGACCUUGGCGAACCUCACCAUCACACCAAUCUCCCUCUUCUCGGUGACCUGCCUGACCAUCUCACCUCCAACCCGACUUUCCAGAAGAGGAUGUGCUUGGCCUGGCUGUGUGUCUUUUACGAGGAUUACCGUGCACCUCGUGGAUGGGAGCGUGAAUCUUUUGACGAGCGGUUGGAUUGGGUCUGGUAUCUGUCUCAGUACCUGGAGCCACUGUGGCGGAAGCAUGAAGACUUGAAGGGGGAGAAGAUGUAUGUUCUCACGGUGGACCAGGUAACACCAGAGAUUGUGGAGUCCCUCGAAGAAGAGGAUGAUGCUGUUGCGCUGAAGAAGAUUGAGACAGCUCUGCUCGUAUUUUGGUCCACUGCCCUUCAGCGCGACUUCGGUAUCCUUCACACCCCUUUCUACCCUUCCCUUCGUAAAAAUGCAGAGGAUCUUCGGUGGCUCAUCGGUGAAUGGGCCCUUUUCGCCAGUUUGGACUUUUUCUAUUUUUUCUAUUGGACAAUCUUUCAUAUCAUGCAUCUUGCCUUUUCGAACUCUGUAUGA